AAUUAAAUGGACCUUCUAAAUGAUCCAGCAAAUGAUCGACAUGUAAAAACUCUAAAGCCUCCUCCUCAUAGACCUUUGACGAAGAACCUCAUGUUUCCAGAGAAAUUGAAAAGUAUUUAAAAAAUUAAUAAAACAAGACAAACCAGAUUGGAAAUUACUUAGAGAUCAUCUUCAAAAGGAAGGUAGAGUGUCUAAAGAAGACCUUUAUAAAUUAGUUGGAGAUUGCAAUAAAUUAUUAAGUAUAAGUAUUAGCAAUAGUCUAGAGAAUGAAGGGAAUGUAAUAUAUUUACAAGAUCCGCUUACAGUAGUUGGAGACAUACAUGGGUAAGAUUAAAAAUUAAAUUAGACAAUACUAUGAUUUGUUAAAACUACUAGAACCUAAGGUUGGAGGGAAUCCUGAGACAACUAAGUAUUUUAAUGCAUAAUUUUUAGAUAUUUGUUUCUUGGAGACUUUGUUGAUAGAGGAUCUUAUUCUAUAGAAGUAAUAAUCUUGCUUUAUGCAAUAAAACUGAAUUAUCCAAACACUGUAUAUUUUUUGAGGGGAAAUCAUGAAUGCAGAUAACUCACAGCAUUUUUUAACUUUAAGGAUGAAUGUAAUUACAAUCAUUUAAAAAGGUCUUUAUAAGUAUGAUUAAGAGACUUAUGAUAUGUUGAUGGAUUCAUUCGAUUUAUUUCCUUUAGCUUGCAUAAUCAACUCAAAGUUCAUAGCUAUUCACGGAGGAAUAUCACCUGAUUUAAAAUCUGUAUUUGCUGCGCUUCAUUUUAGUUAGAAGAUAUAAAGAGGCUGGAUCGUUAUCAUGAGCCUCCUAGAAGUGGAUUACUUUGUGAUUUGUUAUGGAGUGAUCCAGUAGAUUAAGAUUAAGGAAAUAUGGAUGGUUAAUGGAAAGGAAAUGAGGUCAGAGGAUGUAGUUGGUUCUUCGGAAGCGAGGCUGCAUCUAAAUUCUUACAGAAAAACAAUCUGAUAUCUAUCAUUCGUGCACAUGAAGUAAAUUGCAAUGAAAAUUUCAUAAGGCUUAAUUGGAUGGAUAUAAAAUGCAUCGAUGGCAUGGUGGAAAAGAUUUUCCUGUUGUCAUUACUAUAUUCAGUGCUCCUAAUUAUUGUGAUGUUUAUAAUAACAAGGGGGCUGUAAUUAAAUUUGAAGUAACUCCUCUUUUUUUAUUAUAAUAAGAAUAACACUCUGAAUAUCUAACAAUUUUAAUAUACACCUCAUCCUUAUUUAUUGCCAAAUUUUAUGGAUAUUUUCACAUGGUCGAUACCAUUUGUAGCUGAAAAAGUAACUGAAAUGCUUUACAAUUUACUAUAAGUUGGUGAUCAAGUUGAUGAUGAGGAAGUUAAUGAAGAAGAUAUCAAAUAAUUUAAAGAAUUGACUUAAUAAAAUAAAUAAUUUGAUAAGUAAAGCACUGCUGGGUCCAAUAAAGCAAAAAGUAUUAUAAUAAAAUUAAUAUAAAAAGAUACAGAAAAAUUGAAGAAGAAGAUCAUAUUUGUAGCAAAUAUGAUAAAGAUGUAAAAGACAUUGAGAGAACAAAGUGAAAGCAUUAUCUAACUUAAAGGAGCAUGUCCUGAUAAAAGAUUGCCCAGAGGUAUUUUGACUGCUGGCAAAUCAGCAAUAAUGGAUGGUAAUUUAUAUAAUAAUUAUAUUUAGCUCUAACUGAUUUUAAUUUAGCAAGAAAUGCAGAUAUUGUCAAUGAAAAAAUGCCAACAGUAAUUUAGACACCAUAAUAAUCGAUUUCGAUUAACAAAUCAACUAAUUCAACAACAUCUAAUACAAAGAAAAAGUGAG